CAUUGGCGAACGAAAAUGUAUUUGUAAAAUUAGUGAUUUCUUCGUAAAUAAACACAAUGUCGCGUUUUUUACUGUUAAAUUUUAAAGAUUUUGGUCUCAACCAAGAUAUAACACAGACGAUUCAGUCACAAACGCUUGCCUGUAUAUGUUGUUUGGAUUCGAAUGUACCUCUUAUCAACUUGUCGACUUGUAAACAUGAAAUAUAUUUGCAAAAUUUCUACAAAACUGUGGCUGAACCUACUAAGAAAGUAGUGUGUUUGGAGUGCCACAAUGUCUUGAAGAUGAUAGAAACCUUCCGGCAGCAGGUGGUAAACAGCUUCCAGAGAUUGACUGAGGAAGUAACUUCAACAGCACCUCAAAACUAUAAAAAACUUAAUAAAAACAAGUACAAUUUAACAGAAAAGAAAACAGUGAACAUUUACCUGCCACCAGCAAAGUACACGGCAGAGAAAUGGCAACCCCAACCACAGAUAAACAAAAUUGUGAAGAAAGAGGUCGACCCUUUGGAGCUUGCGUUGCCAGUGGUGAAAAUUAAGGCUGAGCCGGUUGAGAGUGAGAGAGAAAAGGUUGAGAUAGAAAUAGUACCUGUGAAAAAGCAAGAGGAAACUAAAGCACCACCAGACAAGAACCCAGCGGUCCGGACCGUGACGCUGACCAAGGAGGAGCUGGUGCUCGAGCGCUUGAAACUGGCGCAGUCCCCCGCCUACCUGAAGCUCCCGUACCGCUGCGAAAGCUGCGUCGUCGGCUUCAACUACGAGGAGAAUAUACAGGACCAUAUGAAGAGGAAACAUGGCCCAAAGGUGGGCAGCGUGACGUGCGACGUGUGCCUGGCCGUGCUGCACCCGCCCGGCAGCCUCGCGGCCCACAUGUUCCGGCACCUCACCAGGUACGCGUGCGUGAAGUGCGACGCGCGCUACCCGACCUACGACGACACGCUCCACCACUACAAGAAGCAGCACGGCGACCGCUGUCUCCGCUGCGCCGAGUGCCACUACACCACCGACUCCCCACAGAAGUUCAGGAAGCACAAGCGGCUGCACCACAAGCGGUUCACGUGCGCGGACUGCGGCGUGGUGCUCGCCACGCGGCCCAGCCUCACCCGCCACAUGGCGAUAACCUGCAACCACUGCGGCAUGAAGUUCGCGACGGCGACGCACCUGCGCAUGCACGUGCAGUUCAGCGACCACCCCAAGCAGACCUUCCACUGCCCAGACUGCCCCAAGGAGUUUGCCGUAGAAGCAGAGAUGAAACAGCACCGCAACAUUCACAAGAAACAGCGGCUCCGCUCCACCGACAGGAUCUGCGACUACUGCGGCCGCGUCUACACUAGUCGAGAGCACCUCAUCCGCCACAUCCAGACGCACCUGCUGAAGCGGCAGAAGGCCAAAGAACGAGCCAAGUCGACCAAGCCCCACAAGGCGAAAUAAACUAUAUACACUAA